CAUUUUUAGCACGUUCAAUAGGCAGCUCUAGGCAUCUGGCCGCUCUGACGCCAACCACUUGGCCUACCACAACUCAACUUGCUGAAUAACAGCAAGGGCCGGUGUGGUGCCGGCCGUAGAGUACGUCGCCAAACAUGUCACAAUUAUAGGAGGUUCGCGCACUUCUUGGCCAGGCAGGGCAGACAGGAGCUCGAGUGGCAGGCAUGGAGCGCAAAGCGGAGGCUGCCCCCAGUCUAGGGGACUCACCGGCAGUGACGAUGAAGUCUAUGAUGGCUCAAAUCCUUCGAGAGCUUGACUCGCUGCGAACACAGCAAGAAGUGCUGAUGAAGGAAUUGACCGAGCGGCAAAAGCAAGAGGAUGACCAUCGCACGUGGGUGAAGCAGCGCUUCGACCUUAUGGAGCAGGAGGUUCGAACGGCUGUGUCAUCGGCAUCGACCGCGGGCGCAGUGGCACGCGCUGCGACGGCAGCAGUCAGCGGCGCUGGGAACGCGCCCGCCGCGAACACGCUGCUGAAGUCCCCUUCUUUCGAGUUCAUUGGGACGGGGUCGCAGCCAGUACGGGCCCGUCGCAUGGAAAGUGGCGGAGGCUUUGGCGGCUUACCGGCACCUGGGGGCGGGGUGGGCCUUGCACGGCUGCCCGAAUCGGCUGCAGAGGGCGGGAGCCCCACAGGGGGCAGCCAGGCUGGGGAAGAGGACACCGGCCGCGUGGCUGGCAUGCCUGUAGCAGGCGGCAGCGGCGACGGUGCAGGUUCUGGACAGCCAAAGCCCAGCACCAGCACCACCAGCACCAGCCCGACGCGCCGCUUCCGCCGCCCGUUGCUGUCCAGCAGCGAGGAGGACGACGACGAUGACAGCAUUGACGGCGGCGGCACACCCAGCCGUGCCGCACUGGCGGCGCGGGCGCGGCUGCAGCGGGCGCGCAGCAAGCGCACACAGGCGCUGCAGGCGGCAGCAGGAGCAGAUCCGGAGGCCGGGGGCGGAGACAUCACUGUAGGCAGUCGCAUUGGCCAGCCGCGGUCUUCAUCCUCGCCGUUCGCGGCCGUGCGGCCGCAGGGCGCGGUAAUGGCGUUGGGCUUUGAUGAGGAGACCUUCUGGGAUACCGGCGCUGGCGAGGGCGAAGGUCGCGCCAGGGGUGGCGAGUCGGGCCGGCUUCGGCGGCGGGAGCUGUCGACGAGCACGUCUGGGCGCGAAAACACGCUGCAGGAGGGCGACGCAGCGGCCUCGCUGUCGCUGCCGGAUAGUGCCACGGAUGUCGGCGGGCCGUCUGACAUGGGCUAUCACCGCGGCCGGGCCCAGCGGCAGCCUCAUGCGGGUCCGGACGACAUGCUGGGCGCCUCACACGGCAGCCUCCGGCACUGGCACUCGCAUGGGCACAACUCCAUAGCGUCCUCGAUGUUCCCCACGCUUGCCACAACCAGCGCCAGCGCCGUACCCAGCUCCGCACACGAGGGGCAGCACCCGCACCACAGCCACUCGCAGCACAGCCACGGCAGCCACCAGCGCGGCUUCCACCGCAGCAGCAGCCACGGGCAUGGCCACGGGCACCACAACCGCACCCACAGCCACGGGCACGGGCACGCGCAUUACCCCAGCCAUGCAAACACCAGCUCACGCGCCGCGGCCGGGCACGGCAGUCUGGCCGCCCUUUUCCCCAGCAUGGGCGGUCACCGGCAGACGACCGGGCCCAGUGACGAGGGUUUCGGGCCGCCGCCUGUGUCGCCCUCGGGCGCGCCGGCGUCGUUGCCUCAGGUGCCGCCCUCUCCGCGAAGUGGUGGCGGCGGCGCGUCAGAGCGCGGGCGAGACGGCAUGGACGUGGCACCCAGUCUGGCGCGGGAGAGCAUGCGGUCGCGCGAGACCAUCGUCACGGAGCGCACGGCAGAGGCGGAGGAGGCCAGCAUGAAGCACUUCAAGGGCAUCCCGCCCCGCCUGGUGGAGAUCUACCGCCAGCGCGCCCUCACCUCGCACUGGUCUCUGGCCAACGAGGUGGGGCUGCUGUCGCGCAACGUCAGCCGCCGGGGCAGUAUGGAAAUGGUCCGGCCAGUGGGCCUCAUACGCCAGGCGGCGCAAGCCACCGCCGCCGCGGCCGCCGCCAAUGCCCAUGCAACCGAAAACGGCGGUGCGCCUGACCUGCCAGGCGGCGGCCGGGGUCUGUCCCGCAUUGCGCUGCUGCACGCCACUGGCAGCGGCAAGGCGACUUCGGGCGGUGGCGGCGGCAAGGACGGCGGCGGCGGCAAGGACGCGAACGGGCACGCGUAUGAGGACCUGGGCGACUUUGAAAUUAUUGACCCCGUGGUGGACUACCCGCGCAUGAUCGGCGAUGACGCGGAUGAGUACGACCGGCCCUUGAGUCUGAAGGAGCGGCUGAAGCUGUACACGGUGGGACUCAUUCGCCCGGAGGGACGCACCAAGUGGGACCUCUUCAUCCUGGCGCUCCUGGUGUGGGUGCUCUUUGCCUCGCCCGUCAUCAUCUGCUUCGGCCUCACGGGCGACAUCUGGCACGGCGACUGGCUGGGCAUCGUGGAGCUGACAGUGGACCUGGCGUUCCUGUUUGACAUCUACCUCAACUUCAGGACCGCCUACUACGACAGCAAGGGGCACCUGGUGACGCAGCGCUGGCGCAUCGCGCACCACUACCUGCGCACCUGGUUCGUGCUGGACGUCAUCUGCGUCAUCCCCUACGACCUGAUCACGGCCGGCACCAUGGGCUUCCUGUCCAUGCUCAAGCUGCUGCGAGUGAUGCGUGUGGGCAAGGUCAUCCGUAUGAUCAAGAUGUACCGCCUGCUGCGCGUCAUACGCCUGCCGCGCAUCAUCGAGCGCAUGGAAAUGUUCAUUGACCGCGGAGUGCUGCAGGUGUUGGCGUUCAUCCUGUCGGUGUGCCUGAUGGCGCACCUGUCCGCCUGCGUCUUCUACUACAUGGCGUACCUGGACGGGCUGGGGCCCAACACCUGGGUGGCGGCGUACGGCGUGCAGGAUGCGGACCUGGCCACUAAGUACCUGACCUCGCUGUACUGGGCCUUCACCACCACUGCCACUGUGGGGUACGGAGACAUCACGCCUAAGACCGACAAGGAGAAGAUCAUCGCUAUCUUCGUCAUGUGCAUGGGUGUGUCGGUGGUGGGUUACGUGACCUCCUCCAUCUCCAACAUCAUGGCCAUCAAAAACGCGCAGCAGACCAACAUCGCGGCCAAGAAGCAGCUGGUGAUGGACGUGCUCAGGGGCCGCACCAUCCCCGGCGAGCUUAGCCGCCGCGUUUACAACUACGUCGACUACGUGUCCAGCAAGAUGAUCCGCAAGGAGGAGGCGGAGCUGCUGCAGGAGCUGCCAUUCAAGCUGCGCAGCCGCAUGCUGCAGGCCCUCUACGCCGACAUGCUCAGCCGCAUCCCCGCCGUGUCCCGCCUGCCGCCGCACGUGCUCAUCGAGCUGGUGGCGCAGCUCAAGCCGCGCUACUUCGUGGAGGGCGACAUCGUGGCCAUGCAGGGCGAUUACGUGGACGCACUAUACUUCGUGUCGGAGGGGCUGCUGGAGGUGCGCACCUACGUGUUCCCGGCCGAUGUGGAACCGUGGCGCAUCUUCGAGGCGGUGCACAAGGACGAGCUGCGGCACAUGCCGUACACGGCCGAGGGCCGCCUGAAGCCGCGCUGCUACUUCGGGCAGGCCGGCGUGAUGCAUGCCGGCGUGUGGCCGGGCACAGUGAUCGCUCGCAACUGCUGUGAGCUGUACGGGCUGGAGCCGGAGGGGCUGGAGCACAUGAUCUCCAUACAGCCCGAGCUACAGGAGAUGCUGGGACUUCCUAAGGCGCCUAUCCCAGCCUGCGCCGCGCACGCCGCCUUCCUGUCCGGCCCGGGCGCCAACCCGCUGCUGCCGCCCACCGACCGGUCCGUGCUGCUGGCGGACUUCCCCAUCAUGGACGCGGCGCCGCGGCGCGGCCUGAUGCAGAACAUGCUCCGCAGCAUGGGCCACAUGAUCACCGGCGGCCUGGCACGUGCCAGCGCUUCGCACUACCCGCACAUGCCCGUUCCCGCGUGGGGCACGGGCGGUAGUGGGGCUGCGGGCGCCGGCUCCCUGACGCGCAGCAGCGGCUCAAUCUUGGGCUGGGGGUCCGCGGUGCACGGCGGAAGCGGCGGCGGCACAGGGGACACUGGGGCAGCAGUCGGCACUGGAGGCGUCGCUGCACCUGCGGGGCCGGAGGGCGAGUCCGCUUUCAGCAGGUUACGCCAUUUCGCAAAGCCGUCUCGGUUGAGUGUGCAGCUACCCGAACACUCACGGUUGCUGAACGGAGCAGAGCGGUCCGACAGUUUUGGCGGGGCCAACAACCGCGUUUGAGCGCCCGUUUGGACAUGGUUGUUGCUAUGGACCAGUACCGGGGCGCUUGUGGGCUGAGAGGGAUAUGACUACGGUACUGAUGGGCUGUGAGCUGGGGAGCGGGGGAGAUCAACUCUCGCCAGGGAUGUUGCGAGCAUACGAUAUGUGACAUCCUUAACAGAAGCGACCAGCGACGUUGCAACGGGUGCACUGUCUGUUCAUUCUUCCGAACUUUCCUCGUAUGCGUACGUGUGCGUGAGCGGUACUCAAGGUUGAUGACACUGUGAUCGCUCGUCGCAUGAGUCUGUGAUUCUAGGGGACUUCACCUUCCCCCGGAUUUCAUCUGCAUGGUGCAUAUUCCCAUUUGUAGUGUCAUCGCAAGGAGCAGUUUAGACCGGCCCUUGGCGCGGGCCGUGCAGAAGUUGCACCUGGUUGCAAAGGAGGCCAAGCUGUGGCUGCAGGGGCGACGCCGUGACAGUCUCCCCGACAGAACUCUGUCCAGGGACACCACAUGGGUGAAGUUGCCCUUGCGUACACCCCGGGAUUGUGACUAACGGGCGGAAUCAUCUCGUACAAUGGUACGUGUCACCAUUAUUGAGAAGAAAACUCCUCAAGUGCCACCGUCUUCUGUUGGUUGCUUUUGUCCGGGAAGUGAAUUGUCCAGGAGGGGGCCUGUGCGCGUUGGGUGGUACAGAAGGGACGAGAAGGGACGUUUGAUGGGGGGGACGGAUGGGUGGGAUAGAUUAUGGGUUAUAAAGCAGAUCUCAAGCUCAAAGGUGGACGUAGGCUGGCAUUUUCCCGUGGUGACGGAAUGAUGGACUCCCUUCCUGAUCAGCUUCCUGAGCGGUGAAAAUGUUUUAGGCAGGCCGACGAGUGCGGUAAAGUGGUCAUGCCUCACGCGCGGUCGUGCGCAGUCUGGGUAAAGGGGGUAAAGGUGUUGGUGGUACGUGGGAGACAGAAGGGACGUUCCGUUUUGAAGGCGGGGGGACGGAUGGAUGAGAUAGGUUGUGGGUUGCUGGAGCAGAUCUCCAGCUUGAAGGUGGACGUACGCUGGUCCCAGACAUUUUGCCGUGAUAACUUAACAAUUUCCUGAGCGGUGACAAGAUAUCUUCCCUCGCAUGCGAAAAGUGGGCUGAGCGGUGAUAAAUGUCUGGCAGGCCGACGAGUGCUCAUAACUCAUGAGCGGCAGUCUGACGCCUCGUUGGUGCAUUCUUCGGCGAAGGUUUGGAAAUUGCCUCAUCUUCCGGACAUAUUCGAUUUGCUUGGGAUCGGUGCUUCCCUGGUACCAAGCCAGCUUGUUUCAAUGCACGAAACCGCUCGGAACCCUUCGGAACCAACCGGAGCUAUGGUGCCUCUGGGUGCCUGGUCCGUACCAACGCUGACGGCGUGAGUGCGUGACAACGCGCCUUAUCUCUGCAUCAU